CCGGGAGAGUCCCUUUGCGGCCUGCCUCCAGCCAGCGGGGCGACCGCGGGAAAACUACGCUCUGCGACUCUGGGCGAGCCGAACAGAGUCUGUCGCUGCCAACCUGCCCGGCCUAAAGCCCACUCGUUGUGCUUCACCUUUUCCUGCUCCGCGCCCUGGGGUUAAGUUCGGCCCCGGAAACCCGGCGGAUAGACGCGGCCUCUCUCCUUCGUGGGUGUGGUGGCCCGCGGAAGAGGAGAAGCGAGCGGCCGGUCAACGGGCCUCGAGGAGCUGUGUUUCCGCGGCCACCCGGCGCGACACCCUCCCCGGACCCAGCAUGUAGGUACCGGCGAGUUGCCAUGAACUCCGGAGCCAUGAGGAUCCACAGCAGAGGACAUUUCCAGGGUGGAAUCCAGGUUAAAAAUGAGAAAAACCGACCAUCUUUGAAAUCUCUGAAAACUGAUAACAAACCAGAAAAAUCCAAAUAUAAGCCACUCUGGGGAAAAGUGUUUUAUAUUGACUUACCUUCUGGUGCCCUGUCUGAAAAACUGCAAAAGGACAUUAAGGAUCUAGGAGGGCGAGUUGAAGAAUUUCUCAGCAAAGAUAUCAAUUAUCUUAUUUCAAAUAAAAAGGAAGCUAAAUUUGCACAAACCUUGGGACGAAUUUCUCCUGUACCAAGUCCAGAAUCUGCAUAUGCUGCAGAAACCACAUCACCUCAUCCCAGCCAUGAUGGAAGUUCAUUUAAGUCUCCAGAUUCAGUGUGUUUGAGCAGAGGAAAAUUAUUAGUUGAAAAAGCUAUCAAGGACCAUGAUUUUAUUCCUUCAAAUAGUAUAUUAUCAAAUGCCUUAUCAUGGGGCGUAAAAAUUCUUCAUAUUGAUGAUAUUAGGUAUUACAUUGAACAAAAGAAAAAAGAAUUAUAUCUCCUCAAGAAAUCAAGCACUUCUCUAAGAGAUGUGGGGAAAAGAGUAGGUGUUGGUGCACAGAAAGGAAGAACAGGUGGACUCAAAAAGCCUUUUGUAAAGGUGGAAGAUAUGAGCCAGCUUUAUAGGCCAUUCUAUCUUCAGCUGACCAAUAUGCCUUUUAUAAAUUAUUCUAUUCAGAAGCCCUCAAGUCCUUUUGAUGCAGAUAAACCACCUAACACCCAAAAGCAAACUCAGGUUAAGCUAAGAAUCCAAACAGAUGGUGAUAAAUGUGGUGGAGUCCCAGUUCAACUCCAGUUGAAAGAGAAGAAGAAAAAAGGAUACUGUGAAUGUUGCUUGCAGAAAUAUGAAGAUCUUGACAGUCAUCUUCUAAGUGAGCAACACAGAAACUUUGCCCAGAGUAAUCACUAUCAAGUUGUUGAUGACAUUGUAUCUAAGUUAGUUUUUGACUUUGUGGAAUAUGAAAGGGACACGCCUAAAAAGAAAAGAAUAAAAUACAGUGUUGGAUCCCUUUCUCCUAUUACUACAAAUUUUCCAAGAAAGUCUGAACCUAAAAAAAAGCUGGAAGUGCAACAUAAUUCUCAGAAAGAUUCCAGGGAAAAUAACAUACCGGUGAUGGAGCAGAGUUUCCUACAUAAAGAAACCCUGGAACCUGAAAAAAGGUUUGUGUCUACCUCAGAACACAUCCCUCACCCUUCAAGUGAAUUGAGAGGACUUGAGAAAACAUCUAAUAAAUGUUCCAUGUUAAAUCCAGCUGAAAAUGAUAUAAAACAAAAUUUUACACCUCUACCCCCACAUAAAAAUAAAAAGGAAUGCAUUCUUGAUGUUUCUGAACAGAAAUUAAUUAUAAAUGAAAAGGACUUAGAAGAAGUAAAGGUAGAUCACCGUCCGUGUAGGCCACAGAUAUCUAUACAAGUUUCUAAUUUCAAUACGGAUAAUACUACAUCUCAGCCAAAACAAAAGUCAGACACUGUGCUCCUUCCAGCAAAGGAUCUGAAAGAAAAGGACUUUCAUUCAGUAUUUUGUCAUGAUUCUGAUCUAUUAGGAGUAAACAGUUCACAGGAGCACCUAACAAUUCAGGCAAAGACUCCAUCCCAAAGCCCUCCUGAGGAACCCAAUGCAUGUGACAUCAAGAAUAUGGAUAGCUCACCUUCUGGUAAAAUCCAUCGGAAAGUGAAAAUAUUAUUAGGAAGAAAUAAAAAAGAAAAUCUGGAACCAAAUGUGGAGUUAAAUAAGAAAAGAACUGAAUGUCUUACUACACAGGAAGAAAACAGAAUUUGUAGCUCACCACUGCAGUCUCUACGGGACUUAUUUCAGACUAGUGAAGAGAAGUCAGAAUUUUUGGGUUUCACAAGCUACACUGAAAAGAGUGGUAUAUGUGAUGUUUUAGAUAUUUGGGAAGAGGAAAAUUCAAAUCUGUUAUCAAUGUUUUUCUCUUCCCCUUCAACUUCAACAUUUACUGGCUUUUAGACUUAAAAAAUACAUACCUUUCAGAAGCAAUGAAGAUCACAUUCUUGAAAUUUUUAUAAAUAUGUAUAAAAAUUCUUAAGCUUUGGAGCAGCUUGCCAAUUUUGUUUACAGAACCAAAUGUAAAUAUUAACAAUAAAAGUGAUGUUUGCAUUUUUCUACAGAAUUAAAUAUCUAUUAUAGAAAAAUUAUAGAAUAAACGUGGCUUAUUUUACAUACUAUGUUCAUAAUUGUUUCCUAAGAAUUACUAUGAAUAUUAAGUUUGCUUUAUGUUAAGUUACAACUAAUUUCAGAUCAAAAUUUGAGAAUAUCAAAAUUUAGCAUUAUAGGAAUUCCCACUGUGGCACAAUGGGUUAAUGAUCUGGCUUGUCUCUUUGAAGACACCAGUUUGAUCCCUGGCCUGGCACAGUGGGUUAAGGGUCCAAAGUUGCUGCAGCUGUGGCGUGGGUUGCAGCUCCAGCUCGAUUCAGUCCCUGCCCAGGAACUUCCAUAUACCUGUGGGGGUGGCCAAAAGAGAACAAAACAAAAUUUAGCAUUAUAAAUUUAGAUAUUCUAGUUAUAUCUGUCAGAUUUCCAUGAGAACAUAAAAGUAUUGCAAAAAAAGCCUAAUUUUUAUUCAGAAAGGAAAAAAAAUGUAUUUUCAGUGUUUGAGUUGUGGGAACCAUUAUUACCAGAAAUAUUGACCCUUGAGGGUGAACUAACUGGACCAUGCUAGUGUGUCAACACUGAGGAGUUAAGUUAUUCAGUAGGGCUAAGGAGAAGCCAUGAGGUUUAAAAACUUAGCCAGGCUAACAUAUGAAUAAAAUAAUGUUUCCACUGUUUUAUUUA